AAACUAGAAUUUAGGAUCCGAAAGGGACCCACAUAAACCGCCUCUUUUCGCAUUCCUUGUGGAAAUUGCUGCGCAAAAGGAUUCUUUCUUUCCCUUGAAAAUCAUCUUUCUAUAAACCAAAAGCAAACAUAUUCAAUCAUUCAUUCAUCUCAAGGUUUUCAGUUUUCUUCAACUAAAGCUAUAAUAUUUGCAUGUAACCCACACUUUCUUUGCUCAAAUUCAUCAUCAACAUAAACCCACCUCAUACCCUCAACUAAACCCACGUUAAUUUCCUCAAAAUAUUCGUGCGUUUAUUCUCAAAAACAGUUUCCAGGUUUUGGUACCUUCAGGUUUUAUAAAGGGAUGCUAAGCUGUUCUUGCAGCUUAAUUUGUUUUUGUUAGAAUGGAUUUCGAAGGAAGUAAACGAAAGGGAAACUCGAAUCGAAGGAAAUCGAACGAGUUUGCAAGGCUUCUUGCAACUAUUUCAGUUGGUAUUCUUUUCGGCUUCUUCAUCGGGUCAUCGUUUCCAGCUUUCUCACCAUCAAAGAUCAAACUCAUUCCUCCGAUCGAUACAUACCUCUGGGACAAAAAUUCAGGCCACUCGACACAAACGAUAUUAAAUGUGAUUUCCGUCACAAAGGAUAACGUCUCAAAGGAAGCCCAAGGUGAUCCAUCAAAGAUUUGGGUUUCAUCUAAUCCACGUGGCGCAGAAAGACUACCGCCCGCUAUUCUUGCCGCCGAGUCAGAUUUAUAUCCUCGCAGAUUGUUCGGUAAACCUAGUGAGGACAUAACGAUCAAACCAAAGUAUCUCAUCACUUUCACCGUCGGUCAAAAUCAGAAACCUAACAUUGAUAAGGCAGUCAAAAAAUUUUCUGAGAAUUUCACAGUCCUUCUAUUUCAUUAUGAUGGUAAAACAACAGAAUGGGAUGAAUUUGAAUGGUCAAAGCGCGCCAUUCAUAUAAGCGUGCCAAAACAAACUAAAUGGUGGUAUGCCAAAAGAUUCCUUCAUCCUGACAUUGUCGCGCCGUAUGACUAUAUAUUUAUUUGGGACGAAGAUCUUGGGGUUGACCAUUUUAAUGCUGAAGAAUAUAUUAAACUUGUGAGGAAGCAUGGAUUAGAAAUAUCUCAGCCGGGAUUGGAUCAUAGUAGUAGAGGUUUAACAUGGCAAAUGACGAGGAGACGUGGAGAUCGUGAAGUUCAUAAAGAAACAGAGGAGAGGCCCGGUUGGUGCAGUGACCCGCAUUUGCCUCCAUGUGCUGCGUUUGUAGAGAUUAUGGCUCCUGUUUUUUCUCGAGAGGUUUGGCGCUGCGUGUGGCAUUUAAUCCAGAAUGAUUUGGUUCAUGGAUGGGGUCUUGAUUUUGCGCUCCAGAAAUGCGUCGAGCCUGCACAUGAAAAGAUUGGAGUUGUCGAUGCACAAUGGAUAGUUCAUCAAGGCCUACCUUCACUUGGGAAUCAGGGUCAAGGAGAAAACGGUAAACAACCAUGGCAAGGGGUGAGGCAAAGAUGUCAAAGCGAGUGGAAAAUGUUUCGCGAGCGUGUAUCAAAUGCAGAUAAAGAAUAUUACAAGUCAAUCGGGGUUGACCCGUUGAAUAUUACAACACAUUAGCCAGAAACUUGACAAAAUCUAUUGCCAUUAUACAUCAUUGUGAUUAUUCAGAUGUAAACAGUUAUAGAGCUAGGUGUUUAUAGUUUCAUACCUUUUGAUUUAAGAGGCGAAUAAUAAUAUGACAUACAUUUUGUCUUACCGUAAAUGAGUUGGAACAUUUGUGUCA